AUGAGAGGUACGAGCCUCUCUAGCUUCCGGACGGUGACUCGGCCGGCGUUUUCAAACCCUCCGGACCCACCGGUACCUCCAGACCCUCCCCCACCGGUCACGGAUCUGAAGCCGACGGCCGAGACUCUCUCCCCACUCCCCCUCGUAUUGACUAAAACGAGUCGUCCCCUUCCUCCAUCACCGCCAGAUCUAACCUAG